UCAUUUCCGUUGUCAGGUGGUGCUGCUAUGGAAAGAUGUGAUCAGUUGUCCUAAGAAGGCUUUUCCCUCAAAACCUCUGUCGGUAAUCGUGAAAUUUCUCCAGUUCGCGUGAAACAAACCGCUUUGUGGUGGAGUGUAAAUGUCGGUGCGUCCCUGCUGAACAUUUAGUCGGCCAGAAAUGAGUGAGAAUUAGUCUACGACAGAGGAUUCCCUCGGCGGUUUUGAAGAACGUCAUCCGGAUUUGAAACAACAUGAGGAUCUGCAGAAUGUCCAAACGCCGUGCUUCGGAACGAGGGGCCGGAGAGUCAUCCGGCAGACCCAGCAAGCUCCUUUGUCCUGGGAUAUCGGGCAACAAUGCUAAGAGAGCCGGUCCCUUUGUUUUAGGCCCUCGGCUGGGAAACUCCCCCGUGCAGAGUAUAGUGCAGUGUUUAGCCAGAAAAGAUGGGACGGAUGAUUUCUACCAGCUAAAAAUUCUGACCCUGGAAGAACGUGGGGACAUGGUGGGAGAGACACAGGAAGAAAGGCAAGGCAAAAUGCUCCUGCAUACAGAGUAUUCUUUACUGUCACUGCUCUCCAACCAAGAAGGAGUGGUUCACCAUCACGGCCUCUUCCAGGACCGAUCCUAUGAGAUUGUCGAGGACAUGGAGGCCAACAAAGUGCGGAAGAUGAAGAGACGAAUCUGUCUGGUGCUCGACUGCCUCUGUGCCCACGACUUCAGCGACAAGACGGCCGACCUCAUCAACCUGCAGCAUUAUGUCAUCAAAGAGAAGCGAUUGAGCGAGCGCGAGGCUAUCGUUAUCUUCUAUGAUGUGGUGAGAGUGGUGGAGGCGUUACAUAAGAAGAACAUCGUGCAUAGAGACUUGAAGCUUGGAAACAUGGUGCUCAAUAAAAGGACCCAUCGGAUCACCAUCACAAACUUUUGCCUUGGCAAGCAUUUGGUGAGUGAAGAAGAUCUGUUAAAGGACCAGCGAGGCAGUCCAGCCUACAUCAGCCCAGAUGUCCUAAGUGGUCGACCGUACCGCGGUAAACCCAGCGAUAUGUGGGCACUCGGAGUGGUGCUGUUUACCAUGCUCUACGGCCAGUUCCCGUUCUAUGACAGUAUACCUCAAGAGCUCUUCCGCAAGAUCAAAGCAGCAGAGUACUCCAUCCCUGAGGAUGGGCGGGUAUCAGAAAGUACGGUGUGUUUGAUCAGGAAGCUUCUGGUGCUUGACCCCCAGCAGAGGCUCACUGCCACCGAGGUGCUCGAGUCUCUGAGCGCCAUCAUCGCAUCCUGGCAAUCUGUGUCCUCGCUGAGUGGCCCUCUACAAGUGGUGCCAGACAUAGAUGAUCAGCUUAACCACCCCGAACAUCUUCAGGAGGCGAAAGUGACAGAGGAGUCGUCUCAGUACGAAUUUGAGAACUACAUGAGGCAACAGCUCUUGUUGGCUGAAGAGAAGAACACUAUACACGAGACCAAGAACUUCCUCAGCAAGAGGCAUUUCGGUAACGUGCCUCCAGUGAGGCGCCUCGGCCACGAUGCACAGCCCAUCAGUCCUCUGGAUGCCGCAAUACUGGCCCAGCGCUUCCUCCGGAAGUAACACCGCCUUUCUGUCCAUGGGCGGUGGUCACCGGGAGUGGAUUGAGCCUCCGAACUAGGCGCACACUUGUAUGUACGUUGUGUGUGAGAGAGUGUUUGUGAGUAUGCAGCAUGAGUCUGGCAGACACAAACAAGGGCCAAGGAACAGCUCAGUGCUCUGUUGCUCUAUUCAUCCACACAGGACACAGACUCUGCCUAUGGGCGGCACAAAGGUCUAAUGAGACUGACCACCAACACCACCUCCACCAUGCCAAUCCUUGCCCAAAUCUGACACACACUGACACACACACACACACUUUCAGCAAUACCCCAACAGAAUCAUGUAGCAGAUGACACACAACCACCCUUCCCCACCCACCUCUCCCCCAGCACUUUCUACAGAAAUGCCUCGGAUCACAUGA